UGUUAAUUAUUCAAGGUGGUACAUAAAGGCGCAACAGAUGAACCCGAAGAACGGCCGGCCGUACAACCAGCUGGCGGUAGUGUCGUUCUACGGCCGCCGCAAGCUGGAUGCCGUCUACUACUACAUGCGCAGUCUCAUGUCCUCGAACCCGUUGCAGUCGGCCCGCGAGCCCCUCCUCUCCAUGUUCGACGACAACCGCAAGAAGUGGGAGAGCGGACAUAGGCCAACGCCGACUCUCGAACAACGCAACCAUGCUGCAGACAAGGAGGGUGUGUCGGUGAAGGGCCGCACUCGCCGCGAGAUCUGGAUCCGACCGGACGGCGGCAAGCGCAUGCUCCGCACCACCUCGGCCGCCCACUCCAACCGACACACACAAGAUGGCGCCGCCGACUCCGAGGACGAGCAAGUCGAGGCCCAGCUCAAGUCCAUGUCCUAUGUUGAUCUCAAUAAACGGUUCUGUGUUAGCUUCCUACACGUGCAUGGAAAACUGUUCACUAAAGUUGGAAUGGAAUCAUUUCAAGAAGCGGGCUUGGCUAUGCUGCGUGAAUUCCGUGUGCUAUUACAACACUCCCCUCUGCCUCUGACCGUCACCAGGUUCCUUCAGCUGCUUGCCCUCAACAUGUUUGCAAUUGAAAACACCCGGCUCAAAAACACCGACCUGGAGCCGGGCUACCGGUCGGCGACGCAAGAGUGCGCGCUGAUCGUGUCGCUGCAGAUGUUCAACCUGAUUGUCGAGCGAUGCGUGCAGUUGCUGCGUGACAGUGCAGCCAACCACACGGAGCCAACGCCCAUCUCAAACCUCACCUCUGACGUGCAUGUCCUCUUGCCCGCCAUCAAGGUUUGGUGUGACUGGCUGCUCAUCCAUAGCAGAGUCUGGAAUCCUCCACCAUCUUGUCGUGAUUACAGAGUUGGGCCAUCUGGAGAUGCAUGGACAAGGCUGGCAACACUGGUCAAUCUUCUUGAUAAGUUCAAUACGCAUAGAGACUUCCUCAGUACUGAACAAUUGCCAGAUUCUGAGCUUGUAAGACUGCCUGAAGAUGUAACGCUAAGUGGAUUCACUCCACUCAUGUACAACACACAUGAUCCAAUUUAUACGAACGGCAACUGUGAUAUGGAACUGGCGCAAAUUUCAUUAAGGAUACAUAAGAUCAUGUUCUUUGGAACAGAAUUUCUGUGCGGUGUCGAUCCUCCUGUACUCAAACUACAGAAGUACGAGACUGGUGUCAGUGAAUAUGUUUCUGUUGUUGAAAUACCAAGCCCUCCCGUACAGACAUCGAGUUGUUGUGUUGUUCAGAGCGACAACGAGGAGGUAUGCAUAGAGAGCGGUGACGAAUCGGAGGAUGAGGAUGAGGAGGAGAAGGAGGAGGUGGCUGAGGGGGAGAGCGACGACUCGGGCAAGGCGACCGGCGUUGAGGAGGAGGCAGAGUCCUCCUCACUCGAAAUCACCAAACUGCGCAAGCGUAAGGAACAGCUGGAGCGGUCGCAUCGCAAGCAGGAGCGUAGACGACAGAAAGUGCAGGCGAUCCUGCGCGAAUGCGAGAAGACAGUGGAGAUGGAGGUGCGGCCUCACUACCUGGUGCCCGACACCAACUGCCUCAUCGACUACCUGCCUCAGCUGGCCACCAUUGCCAACGCAAAGUCCUCACCCACCAACGAGUACAUCUACUCACUCAUCGUGCCUCUUGUUGUGAUCAACGAGCUGGAGGGCUUGAGCCAGGGCGCGGGGGGGAAGGUGGUAAAGGGUGGAGGAGGAGUGGGGGCUCAGCACUCAGCCAUGGUGGCAGAGGCGGCUCGAUCCGCCCUCCACUUCCUGCGCCUGCCCGGACCCCCCACCAUCAAGGGCCUCACCACACAUGGCAACACGCUCAACUCAAACCGGUUCACCGCCGAGGAGGACUACAGCGAGGAUAUGAAAAAUGAUGAUAAAAUUCUUACUGCUUGCCUUAACCUUAGUCGACUGAAUAGUAAGGAGUCGAAAUCGCAGAAGGAAGAUGGUUCGAGACGUGUGCUGUGUGAAGUGGUGCUUCUGACCGAGGACCGCAACCUGAAGCUGAAGGCGUUGGCCCGCGACAUGCCCGUCUCAGACAUGCCCAACUUCAUCAAGUGGGCCGGCCUCCUGGGGCUCGGCUGAAUCAACCCACCCAGUUGGUCAGUCAAUCAUCUAUUUUUGUAAAUAAGUAACAGUUUGAAACCAAGAGGAAACAGAGAGCAAUGUUGACCUUGACCUGUCUUCCAAUUCAACUCCACAUCCAACUGAUGCCUCCUCAUGCCUGCAUUACUCAGCCCACAUUAGUAACUAUGAUCUCAGCUGCAAACAUUGGUCCCAUUUUGUGGCUGAAAACCACUACAGCGAUCAUUUUGUCAAUUGAAUAGUCUAAGUAUUUUGUAGAAUGUAGAGGUUAUAGAAAAGGGUUUGAUGUUAUGAGAAGAAAAAUGUAGAAGAGCUAUUGCCUAUUCCUACGCACGUCUGCUUCGAAUUUCAACUUUUUAUUCCAUUAUUCAACUUGACACUCACACUUGAAUGAAAUAGACGUUUAUUUCUUCAUCGAUAUUUUUACUACGUACUCCAAUAUUAUAGUAUGACAUUGAGAUUAUUCUAUUGAUCUAUACAGGGAAAUAAUCUACAUCAUUACACAAGAAAACUUUUAUUUUGCGUCUUUUUAUUUGUAAAUAAUAAUGUAGUUUUAACACCAAUUAUUGACUCAAUAAAGCUUUAUGACUAUAUUAUUCUCAUGGAAUUUGAAAAUACACUAAAAUGAAUCGAUAUCUGUAGCAUUCAUUGAAAAGCAAUUAUACUGUUUCUAAUAGAAAAUAACUGAUUGAAUAAGUAGGUGCAUCACUCAUAUAUUACGCAUGAUAUAAAUAGAUAAUAAGAAAUGAUACUAUACUAUUAUUAGUAUAACACCUAUUUAUAGUGUUAUUAGUUGAGAGAAACUAAGCUGAAAUAUUAAUUAGUCUAUUUGAAAUUAUUUAAACUACUUUUUGACUGUCCAAUUGCAAGUACCUAUCAUAAAGAUAUUUUAUUGUUGAGUAAGAAUGAGAAAUCGGUAAUGAACACUUUUUUGCUUGUUUCCAACUUUUUUAUUUCUAUUAGACAAGUGGGACCAACCAUAUUUCAUCGUAUGAUUAUGUUUCCUUUUAUAAUGGAACAUUUUUGUAGGACUGCAAACCUAUGCUUUUCUACUUUCGAAUAUGUAAUUUUGAUCAAUCUAUACAUCGUAGAUCAUCUAUUUUUUCUCACGAGAUUGUGUUCUCUCCAGUCAUUUUAAUUUUCAUACACUAGCGUGAACAUUUUACGAGUAUUUUUAUUCUAAUCUCUGAGUAGUUGAUCUGGUGAAAUAAUUGCUAAUAAAAUCUUGAAAAUAUUACUUUCAUUGUGAACAUUUCCAUUUUGAUUUGUGAGCAACAUUACAAAUUCGAAAACGUUAUUGUACCAAGAGGAAAACUAUCUACUUUGAAAACAAAGUAUUGAAUUUAAAUUGAGAAUCAACAUCUUGGUUUAACUACUCAUUGACUUCAAUUUAUAAUGUUGAUUGAAUCUAAUACCGAUAUUUUGCAUUUUCUUCUAUUUGUGUCGUGCAUUCAUUCGCUUGCCCUCUCCUUGUAAUCAUAUUCUCAUAUUCGAUCUAUCAAAUGUGAUUUUUAGAUUCAUUUCCAUUGUGUCCUUAUAAUAUUCAUAAUAGCAAUCACAAUUGAUGAUUUAAGGGUCAUCUAAUAAAAGCUCGUACGGAAUAUUCUGCCAGAUUAUUUUUAUUAGUAAUAGAAACUUACUGUAUACCAACUCUCCAGCGAAUUCGUCUGUGAUUGCUCUGUGAAAUUGAAUAAGAAUUUUCAAAGUAUUGAAAAUUGUAUGAGCACUGGGUGCUUGGUACACUUAAGUCAAUAUUUUAUAUUUUUCCACUAGUGUAUAAUAUAAUAAAUUGUAUUGAAUAGAGAAAGUAACAUGUCCGUUAAUGAAUUUAAUAUAAUAGUUCUUAGUAAUGGCCAGUAUCACUAUGAUGGGUAAGCCUCUCUCUCUCUUUUCAACUUGUAUUUCUGCUGAAUAUUUCUUCAUCUCUUGAAAAUAUUUUGUUGAAGGCAACAAAUUAAGCCCUUCAAGAGUAGGCUAAAUACUCUGAUUUCCCCUGAGUUGAGCUAUUUCUGAAUUUUCAGUCCUUAUGCUUAGAGUGUUACUUGGAAGAGAAAAUAAUUAUUGUAUUUCUUCUUACCAGUAGAUAAAAUCAUCUAACUCAGUGAUAUUCUUAUUUUUUAAGACAAUUUUCAAUUUUUUCCUACAAAGUCUUAAAAUUGACUGCCACUACUGUAAUAUAGUACUCAAAUAUAGAUACGUUUUCAUAACACAAUUGAAUUAUCACAAGUUUUUCAAGAGUUAACUUUUUAAGAAGCCUAAUUAGCUGAAUAAAGUAAUUGUAUUGCGAUAUUUGCGCACUCCUAUAAUAUAUUAAUGUCACCAGUGAAAUAUUUGAUAAUAGGUACCUUUGUUGUCGAAGAGCAAUAAUAGUGUAAUUUUAUUAGUAAUUGAACUUAGUAAAAAAUGAAAGUGCAAAGUAAUAUUAAGCCAUAUUUGCUUGUUAGAAGAGUUGAGCUAUCCCUGGUAUUGUCGUGCAAUUUGUUUAGAAAUUAAGUGCUAAAUUAAUAAAUCAAAUUGUUAUAAUGAUUUAUCGUUAAUCAAACUCUUUUAAACUGUUUAAAUGAUUUUAUCGUUCAUCAAACUAUAUUAAAUUGUUUUAACGAUUUUAUAGUUUAUCAGACUACUUUGAAUUUUUUCGAUUAUUUUAUUGUUUAUCAGACGAUUUUAAAUUAUUCUAAUGGUUUUUUUAAAGAUGUAGUUUUAUGAUUGAUGGUAAAUAUUACAACAUUUCAAUUAUCCUAGAAGAUGUAGGUAAAAAAGUUUUGGUUUUUAUGACAUUGAAUUCACCAAUUUAUCAGACUACUUUGAAUUUUUUCGAUUAUUUUAUUGUUUAUCAGACGAUUUUAAAUUAUUCUAAUGGUUUUUUUAAAGAUGUAGUUUUAUGAUUGAUGGUAAAUAUUACAACAUUUCAAUUAUCCUAGAAUAUGUAGGUAAGAAAGUUUUGGUUUUUAUGACAUUGAAUUCACCAAUUAUUAAGCUGUAGAUUUAAUCACCGCCUUCAUUGAGAUUUAUAAGCACAGAAAAACAUGUUCCUGCAUUUAAUAUUAUCCAUCAACAUUUAUAAUAACUAGAAGAUUGUUAGAUGGUACCGGUUUAUCUAACUUGGUAUGUUUGUGUUACUCUUGUAUAUUUUUAUAUCGUAGAAGUAUUUCGUUUGUAUUUUUUGUAAUGAGUAUUUUGUAUAUACAUUUAUUAUUAGUACCUGGUAUAAUUUCAUUUUCACUUUGUUGAUUCAUAGAUAUAUUUUUAUUUUCGAGUAGAAUUUUAUUGGGUAGAUUGUUUAAUUAACACCUAAAUGGCUUCACGGUGUCUUGUUUCGCAUGAGUUUUUGGUAGUAAUUGUAAUAAAGUAAACACCAAAUUUAUUAUUUGUGUUCAUUUUAAUUUGUUCACGUACUUUGGAAAAUAGUAGUUCCUGAUUCAUAUAUUGUAGAGUUGAUAAUAAGCCUUUUGAGCUAUUUAUUUUUUAUGUAGCCUAUUCGUAAUUCACCAUGAAUUAAAAACUCAUACAAAUUCAAAACUGUUGAGCUUUAUUAUUCUGAUGGAAAGUGCAUAUCUAUUGCAUUUUAAAUCUUAUCGAUUCAAUGAAAUAAUUUUGAACCUUUAUAAUUAUUACAUAUGCAUUCCUUCAAAGGAGGCGUUUAAAGAUGUUAGAUUUCUAUUAUUUAUUGAUUUAAGGUAAUAUAUAAUAACUUGAUAUUUAUAUAGAAUCAACACAAAUGCAUUGAAGAGUUGAGCGUUAUUCAAAUCCAAUUUUUAGUUUUGAUGGAAUUAUUUUGAUAGAUGUUGCAUGUCAACUAGAAAUGACAUAUUGAGAUUUUGUCAAUUUAUUCUUAAGAUUAAUAAGUAGCAAUAUUAAGGAAACCUCAAUUGAAAGAUUGAUAUGUCACUGAUAUAGUUACUGAAAUAAUUAUUGAAAAAUAAGCUAUUAUUUUUUACUUGUAAAUAGGCAUUAUGAUUGAUAAUUGCACUAGAAAAGGUUUAGAAUAUCAGUUUCAUUUCUAAAUAUAUAAAUUAUUAAGGUAGUGAUUAGUUGUUUGAUUAUAGAAGAUUAUUUCAUUUGUAGCUGUUUUUAAGAUUUUCUUGUUAACUGAUUUGUUUGAAAAUAGAACUUCAAAUCCACCGAUUAGAAAGAAUUCCAUUACUAAAAGAGUUGAUGUCAACUUGCUGAAGUUCCACUUAGUUUUAGGAUAAAUUACAUUGAACCAUAACAAAUUUUUGAACUAAAUAAAGAAGUGAAUCAAAAUGAUAAAUAUUUGUUGUUUCACGAUUUGAUGGUUAUUGAAAUGAUAGUAUUGUACAAUAUUAUAACAAUAGUAUUGUGUUACUUGUGGGUUUCUUGUAAUCAGAAAAAUUUCCUUUGACUAAAGUUAGUUUUAACAUUUCAUGAUUGAAGAAACUUGAAAUGUUGUCAAAAAAUCCACUUUAUUUUUGACAACAUUUCAAGUCAUUCAACUAUGGAAAUAUUCAAUAUUCACUCUACAAACUUAAUGUAACAUUUCAACUUGAUGUCAACGGCAGUAUCAACUGUCAACUACAAAUGCUUUUCAAUCCUUUUAACAUUAUAUUUUUGAUUACCCAAGAAUAGAUGAAAAUAAACAGUAAAAUGACAAUCAUGUUUUUGUUUAGUGAAAUCUCAGUAAUUCGAAUUUCUAAAUGAUUGGUACAUUUGUCCAUUAACAGUAGAGUGAAUUUUGAAAUAGUAAUGUUUGCUUUCAAAUCGUACACUUCAAUUGAAAAAAUAAUGAUAGUUUUCUUCAGAAAGAACUGAAUAAAUUGUUUUAUUCUAAAUAUAUUUUUUCAUUUUAGGUGUAGGCUUUAUCGGAAACCUUGAUUAUAUAUUUGUGUUGAAGUUCUACAUAGCCAACAUUUAAAUUGACACAAUACUUCCCAUUGUAGAAAAUUCGUAAAUGUUGAAAUUAACAUUUGAAUGAAGAUUAAAAAAUCUAUCGGAUUGUUUAGAUACAAGGUUUCUGAAUUAAUACAGUCUUUAUCUUAUCUCCUUCGACUAAUCGAUUACAUGCAAAUGCUUUUAUAAAAAUUUAGCUACCAAGCCUAAAAUUUAUUUUAGCACUAGGCUUUUUAUUCAGGAUCAGUCGUAUGCGAUACACACCACGGUAUUUAGAUGAAAAAUUUCUUCUAUAUACCGUGAUACACACUAUUAGUUGUACCUAGAUUAUGUUAGAAUUAGAAAUUAAAUUCGUAGAAACUGUCAUGUAAGUUAUCAUAAAAAAGUUAUCUGAUACUAAAAUUUCAGAAUAUUUUGAUAAUUGAUCAUCACUCAAUUCAGUUGAAAAAUGAAUUAAACAUUUUCUGGUAUUCAUAUGAAGCUUGCACACACUAAUUUUUUAUGCACUGAAUUUGGUUCUAUACCUAAUAUUUUCCCUUUUGCCAAUUUUAACUCACCACGAUAUCAACAUUAUAGUAUCUCAGGUAUAAUAUAAAUCUAUAAUAUUUAAAAUUGUACUUAUUGAGACAAGAAUAAAGUAAGUUUAUGAAUUUCUGUAGUAAUGAUCAAAUUAGUUUUCAACUCAAACCUUAUUAAUUUUAAUUAAGCAUAGACUUUAUUAAUAUGUUGUUAUUUUUAUUAUAAUGAAGCAUUACAUGGCUCUAGAAUUUACUAAUAUUAUUGAAACAUCAGCAAAAGAGCAGAUCAUCAUUGUUUGUAUUUAUGGAGAGAGAUUAUUGUAAAAAUGUUGAUUACAAUCUGAUUCAGAGUUCAUUAAAUUAUACAAUUAUCUACUAUAUAAUACGUUGAAUAAUAUAAGACAUGAGAGAAUCAUUGUCAUUGAAUAAAAUUUUACUAAAUUUAGUAUAAAUAA